UUUCUUUUUUACGCUGUUUAUUUUGUCGAGCUGUGGCCGCUUUGUAAGGUAAUAUGGCACCACGUAAGCCGAAGGUUGUUAAAGAGGAGCAAGUGACGCUCGGUCCCCAGGUUGCCGAGGGAGAGUUAGUGUUUGGGGUGGCUCACAUAUUUGCCAGCUUCAACGAUACGUUCGUUCACGUUACCGAUCUUUCUGGAAAAGAAACGAUUGUGCGAGUAACUGGUGGCAUGAAAGUUAAGGCAGAUAGAGAUGAGUCGUCACCUUACGCUGCCAUGUUGGCCGCUCAAGAUGUUGCUGAGAGAUGCAAGCAGAUAGGGAUAACUGCUCUUCACAUUAAAUUGAGAGCUACUGGUGGAAAUAGAACGAAGACCCCAGGACCUGGCGCUCAGUCAGCUCUGAGGGCAUUGGCCAGGUCGGGAAUGAAGAUCGGAAGGAUUGAGGAUGUCACCCCGAUUCCAUCAGACUCGACAAGGAGGAAGGGAGGCAGAAGAGGAAGAAGAUUAUAAAUAUUACAUUCGUUAACGUUUGUUUGAUUGACUGAUAAAAAAUCUUCAAUAAUAAAACGAUCUUCAAACGAUUAA